CAGUUGGGAUGUACUAGUUAGCCUAUUAUGUUUGCAACAGUGUAGAGCCCAAGAGCUACAGUACCAUAAUAUAACUUGGAAUUCGAAUUAUUUUUUCCAUUUCGGAGAUCUUUGAAAGCUGCCGGUGAUCAGUCCACAUUUGUGAGGUUACCUUAUGGUUGAAUGGGUAUCGAAUUUAGACGUUGGAAAUCUUCUGUUCUGUGCCUUGUCACUUCAGAGAAACUUUGAUUUUUAGUCAGUGCUGUAGGUGGAUACAUGAACCUGCAGCGGGCACUAAAAGUUUCAUAAACAAGGUUUAACAUCUGAAAAGAUGGCCCAUUUUGUACUCCAUUGUGGAUCUCUCUUAAUAGCAUUGACAUGCUACUUAAUGGGGUCAACUUCUUCGCUCAACCUUGAGGAUCCAAAUGUUUGCAGCCACUGGGAAAGCUAUUCGGUGAUCGUUCAAGAAUCCUAUGCACAUCCCUACGAUCAGGUAUACUACACCAGCUGCACUGACAUACUCAACUGGUUUAAAUGUACCAGACACAGAGUAAGCUACAGGACAGCUUAUAGACGAGGAGAGAAGACAAUGUACAGAAGGAAAUCCCAGUGUUGCCCUGGGUUUUAUGAGAGCAGAGAGAUGUGUAUUCCUCACUGUACUGAUAAAUGUGACCAUGGCCGUUGUAUUGCUCCCAACAGCUGUCAGUGUGAGCCUGGCUGGGGUGGAUCCAAUUGCUCGAGUGCAUGUGACAGUGAACACUGGGGCCCUCACUGCAGUAACCGCUGCCAGUGUAAGAACAGAGCCUUGUGUAACCCCAUUUCUGGGGCAUGUAUCUGCACUCCUGGAUUCAAAGGCUGGCGAUGCGAAGAGCGCUGUGAACCUGGGACAUAUGGGACUGGAUGCCAGCAGAAAUGCCAGUGCCAAAAUGGAGCUACCUGUGACCAUAUCACAGGAGAAUGCAAGUGUGCCCCUGGCUACACGGGAGCUUUCUGUGAAGACCUCUGUCCUCCUGGAAAGCAUGGUCAGCAGUGUGAGGAGAGAUGCCCCUGCCAGAAUGGAGGAGUGUGCCACCAUGUCACUGGGGAGUGUUCUUGUCCUCCAGGCUGGAUGGGCACAGUAUGCGGCCAGCCCUGUCCGGAAGGGAGGUUUGGGCGAAACUGUUCCCAGGAGUGCCAGUGCCAUAAUGGAGGAACAUGCUUGUCAUCCACUGGUCACUGCCUCUGCAGCCCUGGAUACACAGGGGAGAGGUGUCAAGAUGAAUGUCCAGUUGGAACAUAUGGAAUGAGCUGUGCCCAGAUGUGCCGGUGUGUGAAUGGAGCAAAGUGCUACCACAUCAGCGGUGCCUGCCUGUGUGAGCCUGGGUACACAGGAGAUCACUGUGAGAUCCGUUUGUGUCCUGAGGGGGUGUAUGGCAUCAAGUGUGACAAAAAGUGUCCCUGCCACCCUCGCAACACUCACAGCUGUCACCCCAUGUCUGGAGAGUGUUCCUGCAAGCCUGGCUGGUCUGGGCUCUACUGCAACGAGACAUGUGCUCCUGGAUUUUACGGGGAGUCCUGUCAACAAAUCUGCAAGUGCCAGAAUGGAGCCGAUUGCCACAGUGUGACUGGCCAAUGCAUUUGUGCCCCUGGAUUCAAGGGUCCACACUGCUCAACACCCUGUCCUGAGGGAACUCAUGGAGUGAACUGCUCGUCCACAUGUAACUGUAAGAAUGAUGCAUUGUGCUCCCCAGUGGAUGGAUCAUGCUCAUGUAAAGCAGGCUGGCAUGGCGUUGAUUGCUCAAUAAAUUGCCCGAGUGGCACCUGGGGGUUGGGCUGCAAUGUGACCUGCAUGUGUGCCAAUGGGGGAGCCUGCAAUGCCCUUAGUGGCAAGUGUACCUGUGCACCUGGAUGGAGAGGACAGAAGUGUGAAUUUCAGUGCCAGGACGGGACCUAUGGGAUGGACUGCAAUGAGCACUGUGACUGCAGUCAUGCUGAUGGUUGCCAUCCAGUCACAGGAUACUGCCGCUGCCUUGCUGGGUGGACAGGAAUUCACUGUGACAGUGUGUGUGCGGAGGGACGCUGGGGGCCAAACUGUUCUCUCACCUGCAAUUGUAAAAAUGGAGCAUCCUGCUCCCCUGAUGAAGGCACGUGUGAGUGUGCACCAGGAUACAGAGGAACCACGUGCCAGACGAUUUGUUCACCAGGCUUCUUUGGGCAUCGCUGUAGCCAAAUCUGCCCACAAUGCGUGCACAGCAAUGGACCCUGCCACCACAUGACUGGACAGUGUGACUGCUUGUCCGGGUUCAAAGGAGCCCUCUGCAAUGAAGUAUGUCCCAGUGGUAGAUAUGGAAAGAAGUGUGCAGAAAUUUGCACCUGCACCAACAACGGGACCUGUAACCCCAUUGAUGGGUCCUGUCAGUGUUACCCGGGGUGGAUUGGCAGUGACUGCUCUCAACCCUGUCCACCUGGACAGUGGGGGCCAAACUGUAUUCACACUUGCAACUGCCAUAAUGGAGCUUUCUGCAGUGCCUAUGAUGGAGAAUGCAAGUGUACACCUGGCUGGACUGGCCUCUACUGCACACAGCGCUGCCCCCUGGGUUACUAUGGGAAGGAAUGUUCUCUGGUAUGUCAGUGCCAGAACGGAGCAGACUGUGAUCACAUAUCAGGACAGUGCACCUGCCGCACUGGGUUCAUGGGCAAGCACUGUGAACAAAAAUGCCCCCCUGGGACCUAUGGCUACGGUUGUAGGCAGGUGUGUGACUGCCUGAACAACUCUACCUGUGACCACAUCACAGGAACCUGCUACUGCAGCCCAGGUUGGAAGGGAGCAAGAUGUGACCAAGCUGGCGUGAUCAUAGUGGGAAAUCUGAACAGUCUGAGCCGCACCAGCACAGCUGUCUCUUCUGACUCCUACCAGAUUGGUGCCAUUGCUGGCAUCGUCGUGCUGGUCCUCAUCAUCCUCUUCCUCCUGGCGCUGUUCAUCAUCUACAGGAAGAAGCAGAAGGGCAAGGAGACGGCCAUGCCUGCCGUCACAUACACUCCAGCCAUGAGGGCAAUGAACACAGACUACACCAUCACAGAAACUCUUCCACAAGCCAAUGGUGGUCAUCCAAACAGCAAUUACUUCUCUAAUCCCAGUUACCACACACUGACCCAGUGCACCAGUCCACCACAUGUCAACAAUAUGGAAAGGACAACACUGGGAAAACAACCAAAGAAUAAUCAAUUGUUUGUAAAUCUGAAAAACGUGGAUCACAGGAAGAGACCUCCAUUGAUGGACUACACUGGAACCUUGCCUGCAGACUGGAAGCAAGGCGGCUGUUUUAAUGAGCUAGGUGCUUUUGGAGUUGAUAGGGGUUACAUGGGGAAAUCUCUUAAAGAUCUCGUGAAGGGCUCAGUGUAUCAUUCAAGCUCCUGCUCUCUGAACAGCUCAGAAAACCCCUAUGCUACAAUAAAGGACCCCCCCCUGCUGAUGCCAAAGAACACGGAAUGUGGCUAUGUGGAGAUGAAGUCUCCUGCUCGCAGAGACCCGCCUUAUGCAGAAAUUGCAAACUCUGCUUCUACGAACAAGAAUGUCUACGAAGUUGAGCCAACUGUCAGUGUUGUCCAUGGACCAGGGAACAACAACAAUGGGCCUUUCAGUCAAGACCCAUAUGACCUUCCAAAGAACAGCCACAUUCCCUGCCACUAUGACCUGCUCCCACAACGAGACAGCCCUCCUUCCCCUCACAAAGAGCUCAGCGAAUGAGCCUGUUAGAACCGGUGCUCAUGGACAAUUGUACAGGCACAGAGAUCCACAGGUUCAGUGGGUUUGUUGAGGAAGCACUGUGAUUCACUGGCCUUCCUGCAUUGCCUGCUUGCUGGCAGCGUAUCUUUUCUGUUGAGUUUCACUGUUAUUAUUAUUUUUUAUUAAGGUGAAUAUUUUAGUUUAUUCUUAUCACUAUAAUUAUUCUCCAUUUUGCUUUUUUGAAAAGAAAUCAAUGAUAUCUUGUCUCCAAGACACAGUUAUUCUUUAAAAUCUAUUUUUUUAUUUUAGUCUCCAAGACACAAUUCAAAAGGAUUCCACCCCUUUAAACCUUUUAUUUCCAAAAUCACUCUUCUGCUUCUGAAUUAUGUCAUACAAUUAUUGUCAAACAAUAAUAAAAGAACAAACAUCUGUACAGAAAUAUGGUAUCUUCUAGUAGUGUCAAUGUAUAAUACCUUGCAAAAGUAUUCACCCCCAUCCAAUGAUUUUGUUGAAUUAUGUAUACAUAUUUUUUGAUUAAUGAAUAUUUUAAAACAAAUCUUGAAUACUUGAACGGUGGACUUCCAUAAGUAAAAUAAAUUAAUUGUGAGGAAAAACUGCAUAUAAAAAUCAAGAACUAAAAUAGGCUAAUUGCAUAAGUGUUCAUCAUCUUUAGUCAAUGUUUGGAUGAAAUACAAUACUUUGUACACCAAUUACAGAAGCAAGACUUUUUGGAUAAGUCUCUACCAGCAUUGCACACUGCAAUGGUAAAAUGAAUGCCCAUUCUUUGCAAACUUCCUCAAGAUUCUGCCAAGUUGGUUGGGUAUUGUUUAUGGACAAAAAAAGUCUUGCCCACUAUUUUCUAUUCACUUUGUUAGGACAUCAGGACUACUCAACCACAUUCAUUUUCCUCUGGUUAAGCCAUUCCUGUGUAGAUUUGGCCAAGUGCUUUGGGCAGUUGUCCUGAUUAGAUUGGAACAGAAAUUCACCUUUAAAUGUCUUUAGAAGACUAAACCAGAUUUUCCUCUAAAAUUUACCUGUACUUUGAUCCAUCAGUUUUCCCAGUCCUUACUGAUGAGAAGCAGCCCCUUAAUAUACCGUCACUACCUUGCCUGAUAGGAGGGAUGGUGUUGACAUGAUGAUGCUCUGUUGGGUUUUCACCUCACAUACUGCACAUAUACUGUAGCACUUUCUAUUUAAACCAAAGCGUUCCAGUUUAGUCUCAUCUGAUCAUAACCAUUUGUCACACACUUGCAGUACAUGUAAAUUAAAUACUACAAGUUGUAAACUAUGUGGGGAACUUGAGAUGGGGUUUGCCACUCUCAUACAGACCAGCUUGGUCAGCUGACCAUGAUAUUGUCAAAUAAUGGACAUUUUCUCCCAUCUCAGGCAUUGAACUCUGCACUUUCAAAGACACCAUUGUCCUCUGAGUGGCAUCCCUAAUUAGUUUCCUCCUUGUCUGGCUGCACUGUUUGGAGGGACAGUUUUUAGGCAGUGUCUGGUACACAUUUAAUGAUUGGCUUCAUUGUGCUCACAGGAUAUUCAGUGUCUUUUAAACUAUUAUAUCCUCCUUACCUGUGACUUGCUACAGCCUUACCCCUGGGUUGUUUGAAUUUUUUUUUUUUAUGGUUGAAUCUUCAACUGGCAUUCACAACCUAACUAAGGAUCCUUAUAGAAACAGAUGCAUUUAUUCUGAAAUAUGAACCAUGUUUAUUGCACUCAAGGGUCAUUCAACUAAUUGUACAAUGUUAAAGUAAUUUUGGACACCAGAACUAAUUUAGUUUUGCCUUCAAAAUAAAUAGGAUGAAUACUUAUGCAAUUUACAUUUUAACUUUUGAUUUUUCUUUGACAUUUUUGCUGACAGUUAACUUCCUACACCCAUAAAGGGAUUCAGCGUUCAUGUUAUGAUGAAAAAUAUUCACUUUGAAAAAAUAUAUAUGAUCACUUGCAAUCUAACUCAAUAGGUCAUCAUUGGAUGGGGGUCGAAUCUUUUUGCAAGGUACAGUAGAUAUUUGGAUUUUUUGCAUCAUUUAGGAUUUUUUUGUGCUUCCUAUUUUAGAUACUUCAAAUCAUGUUGAACCUUGAAAUCAUUCCAGUCACUAAUAACACAUAUCAACCUUAUGCCUAUAGAAUGCUAAUGUAAAAUAGAUUUGAAUUUAUUUUUAUAAUGAUGGCAUGAACAUAUACUACUAGACAGUAAGUAAAUUAGUCUGGAUUACACUGCAGCUGUAAGGUUGAAUACCAGUAUGGGUUUUAUUAAUUGAAGGAUAGCUAUAAUUAGUACUGUACAAACAUUGAUUUUAUGCUUUCGAUUAGUACAGAUUUUAUUUUACUCAUUGUUUAAUCCCAUUUAGUGGGAGACAUAUAGCAAAAGUAUGUGCAGGAUUAGGUGCCCUAAAGAGACUUUAGCUGAUUUGUUCUAUCUUAUCAAUAGCACUUCUGCAACACUGCUAUUGCCAUCACAUCAUAAUAGUAGACAUCCUGCUAGCAGGAUUAAAGACCUUCCCGCAGAACAGAUCCAGGAUACUUUUCGUUAUAUACUGUAAGUAUUUUUAGUAAUUCCAAUUUAGAUGAUAAAUUAUGCUUAAGCUGGUCUUUUGCAUUGCAAUGGAAAGUAAAUGAGAAAAAAACACUUGUAUUCACAUGCUACACUUUUGCUAUAAUCUCACUUUAAUAAAUAUGCAGGAAUGUGCUUUGUUGUGCUUUUGGUUUUCAUCAGUAGAGCUCACCACAGCAUUUUCAUUUAUACUGUGUGUCUUUCAGAAGUAUACAUAGACGCAGUUAGUCUUAAGAUCUACUGAGCCAGAUUUUAUAAAUUUGUUGUAUAAAAAUGAUGUACAUAGCUGUAAAUCACUUUACAACUAUUUCUGAAGUGAUGCUUUUUGACAAUUUGUAAACUGUACAGAAAACCUCGUUUCCUUGUAUGUUAUAUUAAUCAGUGCCAUAUGCUGAUUGCUGCCAAGACAUGCAUUUAGGGAACUGACAACCUUUGAACACUUUUUUAAAAUUUGACAGACAGUUAAAGGUUGUUCGGACUUGUCAAUAAUAUGUUAUUUGCUGUGGAAUUUGCUUUUGGUAAAGUGACUCCUGCCUGACCAUCCAAUUUCCCCAGACUCCCAGUAACCCCCUAAAUUAAUAUAUAUACAGUAUAUAUUAUACCCACAAAAACUAACUAUGCAAUAAAUAUACACUGAUAAAUAAUUGGCCACAUGUGAAAGUACAUAUUAUGGGCUAUUAUUCAAGUAUAAUUAUCAGUUAUAUUCAAUUAUUACAUAUUCAAUUACACAUCAUAUGGAGCAACAGUACAUUAUUUUACAAACGUCUUUGAAGCCCUACUGUAUUUGUAUUUGUGGCGCCCUCAUGGCAGUUCCGCGGGUAUUACACUUCUUCCUUGGGACAACUUGCCACACUGCAAAACGUGAUUCACCGCUUUUUCCUUCUUUUGAGUGCACACUCUGAUUUCCGUAAGAGGCAAAUCUCCAGUACUGUGAAAAGCAUUUUCUGAAAAUCUGAAACAUAAACGUUCCAUGUGAAAUUUAAAGUCUAAGGAUAUUGUAUAUUUUAUUACUUUCUUGUAUGGUCAUAAAGGAUGAAUGCUUUAAAAAGACUACAAUGUAUCUGACCGAUAUAUGGGGCAUUAUGGAUCUAGCAAACAUCUUAUACAAUUUAAUAAUUAAAUAUAUUCAAUAUUCAACUGCAUAUUUGUAGCCACUGCAACAAUGUCACUGGUUCUAUAUGGUUAUCCAGCCUUGAUAUGUACUGUAAUUCUGCACUUCUGUUGACGUCACUGUCACUGUCACUAUACAGUUGGCACAAUUCUAGUGCAUAAAAUAAAUAUAGGUAGGCAGUCGGUAUGUAAAAAAAUAAUAACAUGACUAUUCAUCAGGCACUGGUGCAGUACUGAAGAUACUGUACAGAAAAUAAAAUAGGAGAUCGAGCUCCUUUAGCAAUUAAAGUGUGAUUGUCAGGUCACCACCUUUAGUGAUAUCUGUCCAUUUUUUUAAAAGUGUCCUUUUCAAUCCCACAUUCAAUCUCAAGUGCAUGUCUAGGCAAUGGUCAAACCACACUGAUAUUAAUAAGUUUAAACAGGCUGCAGAAGUGAGACUCUUCUGAUAUACUGGACACACUACCUAUGUUAGUGUCUGGUAAUCCUAUUGUGUCAAUGGUGUAAAGGCUCUUUGAGAUUUUGCAGCCAUUUCAGAUCAUUUAAUUCAAAAGGUGAUUUUUUGUUACUUUCUUAUAUGGUAGUUGAGAUAAAAAAAUAGCAAUAAAGAUGCUCUUCAUUCUAUUUCCAUUUGAAACUAUGUUUAAAAAAUUGCAGAAAAAUUGGAGUUCAAACUGUACUUUGGUAAAGAGGAUAGAGGGAAACUACAUUUGGUUCUGUUUGGGUGUGCAGUUAGAAAUGCAGAGAUGAACGCCUUGAAGUUUGCAAGAGUAACCUUUCUUUCCUUUGUAAAAACAGUUUGAUUGCUUUCAGUUUUUCAAUCUGGAUAAUGUAUCUAUAUUUGUUUUAAUCAAUGCUUUGAUUAUUUUGCUUUUUUGUU